AUGACACUAACACCAACUCUUUUGUGGGCUCAGACUAAGGAUGACCUUUAUUUGACCGUAGAGUUAUCAAAACCCUCAGAUUUGAAAGUUGACUUGACAGACGAAGCUUUCAAGUUCUAUGCAAAGAAGGACGGCAACGUUUACGAGUUCGACUUCAAAUUUUUCAAGCCAGUCAAGUCAAGCGACUACAAGACAAAGGAUCAAAGAUUUCUUGAAUUCAAGGUACCAAAGUCAGAACCAGAAUCAUGGACCACCCUCAACUCCUGUGGAAAGAAACAUUACAUCAAAUGCAACUGGGACAAAUGGUAUUUAUUCUUACAUAUUUUUUCUGAUUAG